GAAAAGCGUCUGCAGAACAGGGAUCAUUGUUUUUCUGUGAUGGCAAAGCUCGCGAAGAGUUAAAGGAAAAUACGCAUUAUUAAUCGGAAUCAUAUCUAUGCAGAUCUGCGCAUGAGAAACAUGGCAGAUUCUGAUCUUUAUAUGCAAUGUGAUGAAGAUGAUCUAGAGCCAUGCCAGAGUGUUACAGAAAACAGGGGCCAACGAUUUAACAAAGUUACUGUAGUACCAAGUGUCAUUAAUGCACAGAUAUCAGCACAUUCUGCUGAUCUGACAUCAGCUGCUUCCGAACUCCCAAAUCAAGCUGUGCCUUUGGCUUCUGCUCCUGCUGUUACAUUACUGCCUAAUGCAGUCCAGACAGGUGGAUCAGCGGGUGGAGCUGUGGGACAAACUAUCUACUUCAGUGCUCAGCCUAACUCAGGUCAGCCUCUGGCUGGCUCAAUGAAUUUGGGAACCUACUUGUUGAAUGGACAGCCUGUUAGUUUUGUGACUGCUGGUCAGACACCUCAGAUGAUUGCUCCGCGGAUGGUAACUCCAGGGAGUGCUGUGCAGCAAACACCGCCUGGAAAAGUCUCCACUAUGCAGAUGCCAGUCACACUAACCCUCAACAGCCCCUCAAACCUGCAGAGCAUCACCUCAGUGGCUACAGGAGGGACCACUCUUAACGUCACACCCUCCAACAUUCUACCACCCACAGCGCCAGGAUCAAUGAUUAAAGUAAUAAAGUUUAUGAAGUAUCCUGGAGCUCCUGGAUCUGCUGGGCAAGUGAUGUGUUCAGUAGCUCAGCCCAUCCAGAACAGUAAACCACAGCGAACUCCAGUGCAGAUCCUGGCUGCUGGGAUUCCUCAGACCUUCAAGCCUCAAAUGCAGAUAUUUGCUCCUGCUCCUGGCACAGCGAGUAAUGCACUGAAAAGAACCUCCAGUUCAUCGAAUUCCUGUCCUCGCUGUAAAGCCAUUUACCAAAAGAGUCUGCCCCUCCGUGGAUAUUUCUGUCAAUGCAGUCAAGAACUUAUCAAGAGCAUCUGGAGCCUGAAAUCCCAAACUAGAAAUAGGCUCAAAGCCCGCUCAAAACGGCCCCCGUGUGACACUCACGCCUCCUCUGCAUCUUCAGAAACCUCUCAGAAAGACGUCACUUCUUGCGAAUUGUCCGAGGGAGCACCUAACCCUCGCUCUGGAGAUUUAGAUGAACAGGGCAGAAUGAUCAUGCUGGUUGAAGACUUCUUCUAUGGUCAACACCCUGGCCGGCCUGCAGACAUCAGAUAUCCAGAGGAGCAUGUUACAAUGAAAUGCCAUCUCUGUUCCAAGAAGUUAAUAGGCAACAUUGAGAUGAUGAACCAUAUGAAACACCACAUGGAGCUGGAUUGGCGAACGAGGGAAGUGGACUGUCAUACUGUAUGCCAACACUGCUACAGAAACUUCUCAACACCCUUCGGUCUGCAGUGCCACCUGGCCGUCCAUAAUCAAGCAGAGUCCUCAAAGGUGUGCAAGAUCUGUGAGUGCUUGUUUGAGAGCGAACCUCUCUUUCUGAACCACAUGAAACACGUGCACAAGCCUGGCGAGAUGCCCUACAUGUGUAAGGUGUGUGAUUUCCGCUCCUCUUUUUACAAAGAUGUUAUAAACCACUUCACAGAGCAGCACAAGGACACCUGCAUCUUAUUGUGCCCGUACUGCCUAAAAAUAUUUAGGUCUUGUGGCGGAUUCCAGUUGCACUACACUAGACAUCAGAAAAAAGGAUCACGAAAUUGUAAUAAAUGCCGACUUCAGUUCUGCUCGGAGAAGGACGAGUGGUACCACAAACAAAGGUUUCACAGGACUUAUGUCAAGCCCAAGCAAUUGGAGGGCCUUGUACCUGGUACUAGGAUAAUCAUCCGAGCUUAUGCUGACAAAACUGACAACAGAGCUCAGAUAGGAGAAUCUCCAGUGGAGCCUUGCCCAAACACCACAUCAACACCUGACCAAUCUCAAAAUAUCAACAGCAAAAUCAUUCCUGUGAAGAAAAAGCCAGUGGAAAGUAUGGUGGAGCUGAUGGUCAAGUUUGAGAGCAAUUUCAACACAAAAGAAAAAUACUACUGUAUGGAAUGCAACCAUGAUAUCCCGUAUUUUUCCAACCAUUUCCCCACCUAUGUGAGCUGCUCACUCUGCCGAUACUGUACCUGCUGUUCCAGAGCCUAUGCCAAUCACAUGAUCAGUGUGCAUGUCCCUCGUAAGAGCACCAAGAGAUAUAUUACACUAUACAAACCCUGCCCAAAAAAGGGGCGUCUAAGUUGUACCAAAUGUAAGUUCAAUACUACAAUUGGAGAUUCGAUGGCCAAACAUCUCGCUGAUUUUCCUAAACAUCAAGCUAGCCGGUCCACCAUUCGAGAAGGGUUUUCACAAGGCUUUAAAAGGUUUGUCUUCAUCCCGACCAACCUACUCCGAGGAGGCCAGAGACUCAACAACAUGGGCUUUUUGCAUUUGCAAGUCAAGCAAGUGGACAGGAGUUCCUCUAUACCCCUUCUUCAACCCAGUUACACAAUAACGCUCCCUGCCAGCCCCGCUCGCAUGCCGUCCCUCCCCAUCCAGGCUCAGCCCACAGAAAAAAACGACGUUCCACAGAAAACCAGCAAGGUCAGGCCAAUAGCUCCAAAGCCAGCUUUACACAAAGAGAUUUCUGAUGUCAACACAAGGGGGCGUGCGUCAGAAAACUCGCUCACUGCUGCUCAGAGUAAAGUUGUGCUGUACGCCCUAUGUUGUGGCGUCCCUCAAGCUGCCAUUCGCUUCAAUAUGCCACCAGAGGAAGUUCACUCGCUGCUUUUGAAACGCCAAACUCGGGUUGAACCAUCAAGCAAAUACUUCUUGACACCGCAGGCAGCGGAUAAGCUAAUUCAAUGGGUUUACUGCCAACGUGAGCAGCAGCUACCAAUCAGCGAAGAAAACUUGUUGGAAUUCAUGUGCAAGCAUGAUUCGCGAGACUUCUCUUACGAUUCGGUGGUUGAUUUCUUCCUACGCCAUGAUCUGGGCGUGCAGGCGUUUGCAACAUCCAGCAAGUUGCCGCCAUUUAAUUGCCAGCACCUAGAGCGCUCCUUUUCCAGCUUUCUAAAAGAGCAAGUCAACUCCCAAACAUUUAGUCUGUCCUCAAUAGGCACCAUGGACGAGCUGUCCAUCUUUGUGGAUAUGGAGAAGAUGGUGGAUUCAACAUCCAUGAUGUCUGCUUUUAAACUGAUAGGCACCACAGAACCAACCAUAGAUGUUGUGUUUACAGCAUUGGCUGAUGGGAACUCAUUAUCCGUCAUGCUUUUUGUCAAAAGCGAGCCUCUAAAGCUUGAUGCACAUACAUUGUCUGACUCCGUCAUCCUGGAGGCUCGACCUGAAGGGUUCACAAAUGAGCAACGCCUUCAAGUUUGGAUGGACAAAGUGUGGAGUCCAUAUGUUAACCCGAGUUCUGGUGGCAAAGGGUUAUUAAUAAUGGACCCCUACAAAGGCCACACCUCCAAUGAGUUCUUGGCAGCGCUCAAUAGCGUUAAUACUCUUCCAGGAUUGAUCCCGCACGGUUGCUCUCGCCGCCUACAGCCACUGGAAGUGUGUAUGGGGCCGGUGUUGCGCGAGUUCAUGCAGGCAAACUGGACUGAACAUGUCACGAAGGCACCACAGGAAUUGGUUGGAGCCAAAGCGUCUGACAUCGCCAUUAUAAUCGCUCGCUGGUUUACAGACGUUCUGGAUGUGCUUAAAGCAGAGCCCAAACAUCUCUUCCGCUCUUUCGAUUGGAUUUUGAGCACAAAUGAAUCCUCAGAGGCACCUGCGGAGCUCAUGCGGAGUCUCACCGAAGCUCUGCUCGUCAGUAAAUUGCAAGGAGAUAAAGUUGAAGAGCAGAAAGCCGAGACCUCCAGCGUCGUUUCUGCAGAAUCCUGGCCAUCUCCGCAGUCCAGCAUGCUCGCAUUGAAAAAGAUCUUCGAGAAGGACAGUGAUGUGGAGACUUUCCAUGGUUUUGAGGACUCGGAAAUUACAGAUCUUUAGGUUCUUCUUUUAAGAGACAGUUCACAUUAAAAUGGUUGUUUUUACCAUUCUUCAGAAUAUCGUAAUUCGUGUUCAACAGAAGAAACUCAAAUGGGUUUGGAACAAGUGGAUGAGCAGGGUGAGCUGUCUCUUUAGGGCAGGGGUCACCAAUCUCGGUCCUGGAGGGCCGGUGUCCCUGCAGGGUUUAGCUCCAACUUGCCUCAACACACCUGCCUGGAUGUUUCAACUAUACCUAGUAAGACCUUGAUUAGCUUGUUCAGGUGUGUUUGAUUAGGGUUGGAGCUAAAAUCUGCAGGACACCGGCCCUCCAGGAACAAGUUUGGUGACCCAUGCUUUAGGGAGUUUAUUAUGUGCCUUUUCUCAUUAGAAACUCGUCUCAUUUUUGGAGAAUGAAAUUAAAAAAAAACAAGUCAUGCAAAUGUAGGUUAUUGCUUGUAUAUGUAAAUAUUGGUUGGAUUUAAUUUGUUGAAGAUCCCUAUUAGUAAUGCCUUCUAUUGUUCUUCGGUGGACGAAUGUGCAACUUGUUACACCUUUUCUCAUCACUGUUGCCUUUUUCAUCAGGUUUGAUCUAUCAGAAUGUGCAUGAAUGUAAAUAGAAAUGUGUUGAAAUCAUCACCUAUUGUAUUUAGGGUUAUACUGUAACAUACUUGAUUAUGUGCUAAUGAAUAAACAGCUUUAGGUAUGUAA